AUGACGGAGGCCUCCCAUCUGAGCUCCCUGCACGUUCUUACUGUGCUGUUCUACCAGCGGCUAUAUAAAGAAAAACUCCUUUCUCAGGAGGAGCUGACCCUCGUCUUCCCCGACCUAAGAGAACUGCUUAAGAUCCAUGGUAAGUCUGUUUCCCCUCCAGACCAUUCUGUGGCUGACCCAGGCCUCCGCUUCUCCCUGGGUGGAUCAGGAGCAGAGGGAGAAGGGCCAAAAAUAAAAGCACAGCAUCCAAAGAGCUCUGCAGCAGGAUCAGGCCCGAGGGGCCCAGCCAGACCUGCAGCCUGUUUUCAGGGGCCCCCACAAACAGCAGGGCAGAAGCUCAAUGCCCCCCCAACUCCCCCGAUGCCCUGCACACGCCACACUCUCCAACCCACACUGGCCACUGAUGCAGUGCAACCAGUUCAGAUGAGAACAAUGCCCCCCCAAGAACAGGGAUUGUUCAGAGGCAUCCACUGCCUUGUGCAGCCAGUUGCUGCCUCUCAACCUAACCUACCUCACAGGCUUGUUGUGAGGAUUAAAUGAGGAGGGAAUCCAUGGACCCCCUCUUAAGCUCCUUGGAGGAAAAGGUAGGGUGUAAAUGACAUAAAUAAAGGAGACACCUGGUCUCUCCACCACUGAGAAAGUGGGAUUCAAAAAAGAGCAGGCCGUCUCUGUCCCUCUCCUGUCCCUGCUGGGGUUAUUCUUUAUUCCCCCACUCCUGUUGCCUUGCUCAGCCUCCCCCCCCCCGCCUCUUCCCUCCCCCUCCCCAGGUUCUCUGUCGGGGAAAAUGAAGGAUCUGCAGGAGAAAGGGCCCCUCAUUGAGGAGAUUGGGGACCACCUGCUUUCCCAGGUAAGGAUCGCAGAGCAGGGCAGAGAGUCGGGCGGCAACUGGGAGGUUUCUGCCUGUGGGCCUCCAGUGGACUUGGGCCCUUGAUUUCCUGAUGCUCACUGGACAUGUUUCCUCUCCCCUGCCCCCUGCCUUCCUUCCUUCCCCCCAGUUUGGUGUGGCUGCAAGUGAGGAGCUCCAGCAGGCCAGGGCCCUGGAGUUCCUUCAAGCGAAGCAGCAGAGGGGUGCUCGGUUCUGGCGUGUCAUCCAGAUAUGCUCCAUGAGAAGAGGAGGCUGAGCUCAGGGAAGGGGCCUUCUCAGCUGAAGGCUCACUCCCUGGGCGAAUGCAAGUGUGCAGGAGAACAAGCCAGAUGGUGUAGGUUAGGUGGUAACCUCUAGUUGGAUGCCACCCCAAUCUCCUCUAGGUGGUUCAAGAUUCCAGGGAUUCUGGGGGCUUUCCCCGGGUUUGGUUUCCUCGGAAUGAGGGGCGGCCUCCUGUUCUCACAGCAGCCGCCCAGCUGCCCCAAAGGAGAAGCUCCUAAGCAAGCGGGAGCUGAGCACAAGGCUCCCCCCACUUGUUUUGCCGCUGACUCUCUCUGGUGUCCAGAAACAUGCCAUAAUAAUGAGAAUUAUGUUGUCUGUCUGCUUCCUUCUCUGCCUCUCCCAGGAAAUCGAGAGCUGCCCAUAA